GAAUGUCACAAUGCCCAUAAAACCCAACCCCUUCACCAUCUCAUCUUCUCACUCUCCAGUUGAGAACACGAAGCCGAGAACCUCCUUCCAAACCCUAACCCUAAUUCUCCAAAUCUAGGGUUUCUUCUUCUUCUUCAAUGGUAGAUGGGAAGAUCUCCGGCGAGCGGUGAUGAAGUGCAAGCGACAUCCCUACGAGGCUGGCUCCGGCGUGUGUGCUUCCUGCCUACGUGAACGCCUGCUCGAUGUCCUCGCAGCUCAGACCGCACGCCCUGACCCCAUCCUCUUCCCUUCCUCUCUUUCCCCUCAUCGCCGUUCUGACGACUCUGCCGCUCCACGCCGUCAUCUUCUCUUCUUCAGCACUCCCCAGGUUGGCCCCUCCCGUUCUCGCCUUAAGCGCUCCUUCUUGUCCUCCCUCCUCUUCUCCCAUCAUCAAUCCGAAGAACCCGAUUCUAAUCCUCCGAUAGCGAAGCGAUCCGGUGCUAUCUAUUGGAUCUCGACGCUGAUCCCUCGUCGCCGCCGGACAUUGAGGACGAAGACGACGAAACCCGUUGAGGCUUCAAUUAGGGUUUGCGAGGGAGACACGGUAUCGGAAAAUGGGUACUCGACGGAGACCUCUGGGAUAAGCCGGGAAGCGAUGCCGACGCCGAUGAGGAUCCGAAAUCAGAACAGGCAUAGCAGGGGGCUUUCGAUGUGCUUGAGCCCGUUGUUCCGGGAAGCGCCGUCCGGGAGGAAGUUCCAGGCUGAGGCUGCGGCGGCGGUGGAGGUUGGAUUAUCCGACGAGCUCCGGCGAGAGACCAGGCGCGAGGAUUUGGGGCUGAAGCAGCGGUCGAGGCUUGCAAGGUUCGGAACUUUUCGUUGACGCUUUUUGCCCUUGUCCAUUGCUUCUUUGAGAGUGUCUAAAAUAUGAACAAAUGCUUAAGUAAAUACUACUACUUUUUAGGCAAAUGUUUAAAUCAUGCUCGUGUAUUAUUAUUAUUA